AACACUAAACAACCCUAAUCUCUGUUUUACCCUUUCACCUAACGAUGCCGUUUUUCAAUUUUAUUACCAUAAGCCAUAAUUAGCCCACAGGGCUGUGACACCUGGACAUGAUCAGUCCUCUCAUUUUCUUGUUUUUAUCCUUCUCAUGUGAAUUUUUGUUUUUUUUAUAUAAAUAAAAUAAACCCUAAAUUUAGAGCCGGUUUCUCUCUCUUAUCCGCUCCACAUCGCUUGGCCACCGUCGCCGCCGUCACCCGCCGUCGCUGUCCACCGCCAGAUUCAAAUCCCUCCGCCGCCAGUUAACGUCCAUUUCUUAAUUUAUGUUAUAAGGUACGCCGCGCUCAUUUGAUAGCGCAAUGGACUCUUGUUGGUGUCCGGUUCGAGGGAGAGAGCUUAUCGGUGGUUGCGUGUUUGUUUAGUUUGGUGGAUGGAGUUGCUUGGGAUCGCCGUCUAACCUCAAUGCUCAUAGACUUGGAAGCUUUCCUACUUGGAGCUAAUUUUCUGGGAGGCUACUUUUUGUGCUCAAGAGCUUCAAGAUUUUAACUAGUAGAGAGGGUGUGCCCUAUUUAUUGGAGCUGAAGGUGCAAUACAAAUUCAUCUUUUUUUUUUUUUUUCGUUUAAGGAGCCUAAUAGCAAUACACUGGGUCAUCAAAUCCAUCAUCAAUGUCAGAAGGUGAUAUGGCCAUCAUGAAACCAGAGACGAUGAAGUCCUACAUCUGGCUUCAAACUGCUGAUGGUUCAAUCCAGCAAGUGGAGCAAGAGGUUGCAAUGUUCUGUCCCAUGAUAUGUCAAGAGGUAAUACAGAAGGGUGCUGGAUCCUCUAAGAACCAGGCAAUAUCGCUUCCACAGCGAGUAAACCCAGCGUUGUUCAGCUUGAUUCUUGAUUACUGCAGAUUUCACCAAGUGCCUGGACGUUCAAAUAAGGAACGAAAAACUUACGAUGAAAAAUUCAUCCGAAUGGACACAAAGAGGCUCUGUGAGUUGACCUCAGCCGCUGACAGUUUGCAGCUGAAGCCUUUGGUUGAUCUCACUAGCCGCGCACUUGCAAGAAUCAUUGAAGGAAAAACCCCUGAGGAGAUACGCGAGAUAUUUCAUUUGCCUGAUGACCUUACCGAGGAGGAGAAACUUGAGCCUCUGAAGAACACAAUGGAUGAUCCGCGGAUUCGGCUACUGAACAGAUUGUACGCAAAGAAAAGAAAGGAGCUGAAAGAAAGAGAGAGACUGAAGAAUGUUGAGGUUGAAGGACGUGUGGACGAACGUUCUGUGGAUGACCUGUUAACGUAUAUUAACGGCAGAGGUCCCAAGGUGGUAAAGAUGCCAAAGGGGAAAAAGAAGAAGAAGAAAAAGAAGGAACAGAAGAUUGUUUCUUCAGAUGAAAAAGAAGGACCACAAGAGUUUCAUGACAAGGAAUCACAUGAUCUUCAUUCCGAAGAACAAGAAGGUGUUGACGAGAGUGGGUCCAGCAUGAGAGAGGUACCCAACUUACCUAGUAUGGAAGAUGACAUAUUUACGCCAGAGGCCGGGUCUGAAGAUGGAGAUAUGGAUGAUGAAAUCGAUCCAGCCAUGAAGGAAAUGCUUGAUAGAGAGGUAGAAGAUUUUGCUCGAAGAUUGAACUCCAAUUGGGUUCGAUCACGAGGACAAGAAAGAAGGCCUGUUCACUUUUCCAUAAACGGCAACGGGACUACAAGAAGGCAUAUAGGUUAAUCUCCAGGACACAAUUGAAGCAUAAAACGUCAUUCAGUGGCUGGCACAGUUUUGGUUGGUUAUGUGAGCAAAUAGGAGAGACAGAGAGACAGAGAGAGAGAGAGUGGUUCGCCAGUCAUUGGCAUGUCUGUUUUUUUUUUUCAUGAUUCAAUCUGAGAAGUAGAUGCAGUUUUGAUAUUUUUUUUCUUCUUCUUUUUCUUUACUUGCUAGUGAUGGAUACUUUAAUUUGUAAAACCAUCUGAGUAUUUUUGUUGGUAGAGUCCAAUACUAGAUUAGAUUCUUGUUUCAGUUUGUGUUUAUAUAAACUCACAAGCCAAAUAAGGAAGACAUGUUGCAUUGUUUUAGCAUCAUAACUCCACAAGCCACUU